AUGCAGAACCUGACCACCUCUGCGUGUCUCCUAGGGAACCUCUCGGUGCCGUUCAAGCGCGCCUACCAAAUGUCCGAGCUGGCAGUGGAUUCCCGUCGCGUCCACGAGAGCGCCGCCAGGGUGCGGAGCGAGCCGUGCGGGGCCUUCGAACGACACGCUCUAGUGGGAGCCUUCCAACUGUCGGGCUACGGCGAACGCAGCGGCACGGCUCCCGGCGUCGUCCAGGACCUCCUUGUCCGGGAUUCCUUCUUCAGGGGAUCGAGGUGGAUGGUGCAGCUGUCCUGGACCGAGAUGGGCGCCUACGGAGACGCGAGCACUGCGGGCUUCUUGGACAUCCGGUGCAGCCAGCACGCCAACCAGCUCGAGGAGAGCUUCGAAGAGGCCAUCAGGAUACGGAAGGCGGACCUGCUUCGGGGGUCUCUAAGUCCCCAAGCGCCGAACAAGAAGCACGAGCUGCUGAUCAAGACUACCUCAGCCUGGACUGGCAAGUCUGGUGUACUGAGCUACCAGGGGUAG